AUGCUGAAGCGCCUGUCACGGACGGUGCCUGCGUUGGGCCCGAAGCUGUCGACGGCGCGUGAAAAGCGGCUUAAAGACCGCGUUGCGGCGCAGUUGGAGAUUGAGGCGCAAGUAAAGUCACGAGUUGCAUGUUAUCCGCAUCGUUCCCUCACACGACCUGCAUUGCGUGUGGAUAAGAAUCAUUUAAAUACCCCGCUUUUUCACUCGCAGCUUUUCAAUCUGAAGAAAAUGGCGACUGACUUGCGAUGUAUUUCCUUCAGUGCCCCGAAAGGUCAUUGGGAUGCCACGGUUGUGCUCAUCAAGAGCCAGCCAGACGACAAAACGUUUGAGGUGUGGGUGAGCCCAAGCGUUCCUGGCUACGAUGAUCGAACCUCCAUUGCUCCCAUGUACGGAAUGUGGGAAAAUUGUAUUUCUUGUGGGGCGACCACUGCCUGGGUCCUGCGACCACAGUCUAUCACAUGUAGUGGGUGGGAUGAGUAUGGAAAUGAAAAGACAGACGUGCUGGACGGCAUGCGGGCGAGGUGCCUUAUGCAUGAAUUAGAUCACCUUCAUGGAAAAACAAUUAUGCAACAGGCAAUGGGGCCGGAAUUUAUCGUUAGCGGUAUAGCUAUGGGCCAGAGGGAUUUGUGGCCACCUAAUUUUCCCUCAGCAGAGGCCUAUAUGACAGCUCCACUCCAGUUUUUUGAUUAUGUUAAAAAUACUCCUAUUGUUCCUCCAGGGAUGGAGUGGUGGUUUGCACAAAACAUGAAGCAUCAUUUUGAAGAUGCCCGCCUAAAUCAAUGA